UGAUUACUAUCACAGAUGUCGAUGUUGUUGUUGGUGAGCGUUGGCRCGGCCUUAGUGUGUGCCGACACCGUGAAGGCCACCGCCCCCGCCGCCGAUGAGAAGCCCGCGGAAAAGAAGCAGGGCAAACGAGGUCUCUGGGGCUUGGGCUAUGGGUAUGGUGGACACAGUGAGUGGGACGGUCUUUCCAACUACGGUCUGCUAGGCGCCGACCACAGCUAYGGGCACAUAAGUUCUGUGCACGUCACCAAAGAGGUGCCGGUCAUCGUUGACCGACCGGUCAUCGUUCCGGUCGAGAAACAUGUGCCGUACCCAGUGGCCGUUGAGAAACCAGUGCCGUAUCCCGUGCACAUCGAGAAGCACGUCCCUGUGCACGUUGACCGCCCAGUUCCGUACCCGGUCAAGGUGCCUGUUAAGGUGCCUGUCGCUCACCAUGUGCCCUACCCAGUGUACGUGCAACAACACGUGCCCGUCUACGUCAAAGAACAUCACGGGCAUGGAUACGGUACCUACGACUUCGGCCACGACCAUGGUUUCGGUUACAGCAGCAGCUACCCCCACCAUGACGUAACUAUAAUGUGUACAUAUAGGUUUAUUCUUGUCGCGGAGAAAGUGUCAUUUGGCGAUUACGGCCGAUUAACUAAGUCAGAGGGGAGUGUGAAGCAAAAGAAAAAAACAAUACCGGUAUUUUGGCAGGAUUAUAAAAACCCCAGCGAGCAAGUGUUUGGCAUCAGUUGUAUCAGUGGAAAUCAUACAGAUACCAUCAUAACCACCAUCAUGAAAUUCUUUAAGGCUUGCAUUGUCGGUUUGGCUUUAAUAGCUCACUGUGUCGCUGCUGAGGAUGCAAAGACCGAUAACAAACAGACCAACAAGAGAAGCUUAGGCCUUUCAGGAUUAUCCGGUCUGUCCGGAUACUCCGGGUCGUCAUCAUACGGAUACGGCUCUGGUCUGCCUUCAUACUCACCAGGCAUCGGCCUCGCCGCCCCCAUCAGUCACGGAUACGCCGCUCCAUCUAGUCUCGGAUACUCUUCCUUCGCUGGUCAAGGUUACUCCGCCCCGAUCGGUCUCGGUUAYGCUUCCUCCGCUGGACUCGGAUACUCUUCCUUGGCUAAUCUUGGUAACGCCGCCUCUUCCGGUUAUGGAAUAGCUGCUCCGUCUUACGGUUACGGAAUCUCCGCUGCUUCUGCCGUGCCAACUAGAGUCACCACUUCCAAUCAUGUCGUGUCCGUAUCCGUACCACAGCCAUACGCCGUUCCAGUGACCCGCAACGUACCCGUACCGGUCGCCCAACCCGUGCCAGUGUCCGUACCCAGAGCCGUCCCGGUCAGCGUACCUCAUCCAGUACCAGUCACUGUGAACAAGCCAUACCCAGUCGAUGUUCCCAGGGCUGUCCCAGUCAGCGUACCCCACCCAGUUCCAGUCUCCGUUAGCAGACCAGUGCCAUACCCAGUGCCACAGCCAUACCCAGUAGAAGUCCAACAAGCUGUCCCAUACUCUGUCCCGACCCCAGUCAUCGCUCCAGCUCCGGUUUCCUACGCCGUCGCUGCUCCAGCCCCAGCCAUCAGCUACGCCAAUCUAGAUGGUGGCACUACCGAUCAACUGAUGUGA